GUCAUUUGUUCUUUGAGGGAAAACACUGGAUCCAUUUUGUAUGAUGAUCCGUCCAUUUGUUUUCUUGUCUGUUGUAUUCUCAGGAGUCUUCUCGAACAUGAAAAGGUUCAAUAUUCUAUUCUUCUUGCUUAUUCAAAGUCCAUCUUUCACUUUUACAUGGUGUCACAGGGAAUACCUCAGCAUCUGGGAUUCUGUAGGUAGAGGCAUCUGAACAUUUGAAUAUCUUUUCCAAGACUUUCAUAACUGCUUUAUGGCAUCUUUUGACCCUUGGUUAUUUGUCUGAUGAUGGUGGACCCUAAAAGACAAAAGCUCUCUACCGCUUCAAGAUCUCCCUGAACAGCUCCAAGUGUCCACCCCAACUCUAGACCACCACAGGCAAUAGGUCUCUGCCCAAAUGGCCACCACCAAGAUUUUGGCCACCCAGGGCCUGCAGAGGCACUCAAUCAGGUCAUCUUCUCCAGUGGUGGCCACGGCUUCUCUGGCCAACAAAGAGAUCUUCCUUUUUUUCUUUCCUACAGCAGCAAGCCCUGAAGUCUUUGAGUAAUUUAUAAAAACAAUAAAGAUGGGAUAUACGUGCAUAAAAUAAUAAGUAACAAAUAAAUUGGGUUCCACCAGCAUCCCAUUUGCAGGUGAAUCUCUUAUGAAAAAACACUAAAAUAUAUUCAGUGUUUUUUUUCUUUUUAGUGCUAUGUGUGGGGUAUAUGCAUAAUUUGGUAUUUAUUUAUUUAGUCAUGCUUAUGUAGUGUAUAUAUUGGAGGCGGAGACCCUUUAAGAGCUUUACGCAAUGAAAUUUCACUUUAAUGUACGCUGAUUAGUGUACAUUCAAAGUGACAAUAAAGUUAUUCUAAGUCUAAGUCAAAUUAUGAAAAAAUCCUAAUUGAUAUGGUUAUCGAUCCGCAGAGGUCCUCACGUAUAUAUUAGAUAGUUAUAACGAUGUCAUAAACAAUUGUAUGUCAUAAGUGUGUGUAUGUGCGUGUGUAUAGCCAUAACCAUAUAAAAUAUAACUCUCUCUCUCUCGCUUUAUAGCGACGGGCAGGAACGGGCCACUUCCACAGCGCAGCCCCCCAGGCUGAAGAAGGUGGGCGUUGUGAUCCGGCGGAGAGAGGCGUGGCUCCAGCCGCGGCGGCCCUCUUCGGAGCGGCCUACCUCACGGGGCGGGCGUGAGGAGGAGGAGGAGGAGGAGGACGGAGCGCGGCCACCCUGAGGCUCGCACUGUCGUCGUGGUCGGUGGCGGCGCGGGAGAACGCGGGCUCCUCAGCAGCGGCAAGAUGGCGGCGGCGGUGGCGAGGGCGGCCCAGCGGGUGGGCGGCAGCAGAUUUGUCCUGUGGCAUGGGAACCUCCCCGUGAAGAAAAGAUUAUUUUCGAAGCAGCUGGUUUCCCCAGCCUUCUUUGCAGGGCAGAGACCCCUGCACACCGGACCUCUGAAUGUGGUGCUGCGCAUCCGUCCACUGCAUCUUUUUGUGGCUACAGGCACAGGAUAUGUGGGAUACAAGCAAUAUGAGAAGCACAAGGACAAGGAUCUUGAAAAGUUGGGUGUGGAGGUGGCCCCCCAAAUUGCAAGUGAAUGGGAA